UCACCAACUUCCUCUUUCUCUCCUGUCUGUUUUGUUUGUAAAUAAAGAAAGCAACUAAGCGAGAGGGGUUUUUUCUUCUAAAAUGAAUUAAAUUACAAUAUAUUUGCUUAAGGGGAUAUAUUUGAAAUUAAAGAGUGAUUGAAUUUAGGUUAUAAUAUAUUUUUUUCAAUAACUACAUGCAAGAAUGUUGAAGCAUCUACUUAAAAGAAAGUUAGACGUUAUUGGCCGCAAUAUGUUACAUACAUUUACUAUCCCAGAAGGAAAAACAUUUAUCAAUGGCAAAUGGGUAUCAGCUAAAUCUGGAAAGGAAUUUGAUGUUUUUAAUCCUGCGAACGGAGAAGUUAUUGCAAAGGUUCCUGAUUGCAACACUUCUGAUUUGGAUGAUGCAAUUCAUGGUGCUUCAGAAGCCUUCAAAACAUGGAGCAACACUACUGCAAAGGAAAGGUCAGAUGCUUUGAGAAGAAUGUUUGAUAUUCUGAAAAAACAUACUGACAGUUUAGCUAAAUUGAUGACUUUAGAGAUGGGCAAAUCUAUUAAGGAGGCAACAGGAGAAAUUGGUUAUGGAGCAUCUUUUUUGGAAUGGUUUUCAGAAGAAGCUAGACGUAUUAAUGGAGAAAUUCUUCAAUCGCCAGCUAAAAGUAAACAGCUGAUGAUAAUAAGGCAACCAAUUGGUGUAGCUGGUAUUAUAACACCUUGGAAUUUUCCGAAUGCUAUGAUUACUCGCAAAGUUGGAGCUGCUUUAGCUGCUGGAUGCACAUGUGUAAUUAAACCUGCAGAAGAUACCCCAUUAUCUGCUUUGGCAAUUGCUCAGAUUGCUGAAGAAGCAAAAAUACCUUCUGGUGUGAUAAAUGUUGUAACUUGUUCAAGAAUUCACACUAAAGAUAUAGGAAAAAAAUUAUGUGAAGAUUCAAAAGUGGCUACUAUUUCAUUUACUGGAUCAACUGCUGUUGGUAAACUUUUGCUUCAAGAUUGUGCUCCGUAUGUGAAGAGAGUGUCGCUUGAGUUGGGUGGAAAUGCUCCAUUUAUUGUAUUUAAUUCAGCAAAUGUAUCAGCUGCUGCUGAUGGUGCCAUAGCUUCCAAGUUUCGAAACUCUGGGCAGGCGGAUAGACAUGUAAAAGAUGCUGUAAACAAAGGUGCAGAACUAGUUACAGGAGGUAAAGUGCAUUCCAGUGGGAAAUGUUUCUAUGAGCCCACUCUGCUGAAAAAUGUUAAGACUGACAUGUUAAUUUGUCAGGAGGAAACUUUUGGACCAGUAGCUGGAGUUAUGAAAUUUAAAUCUGAAGAAGAAGCUAUAGAAAUAGCAAAUACUGCCAAGACUGGACUGGCAGGUUAUUUUUACUCUCAAGAUAUUUCUCAGAUAUGGAGAGUCGCUAAAGCUCUUGAAGUUGGGAUGGUAGGAGUAAAUGAAGGAAUUAUAUCUACGGCAGAAGCUCCAUUUGGCGGUAUCAAAGAAUCCGGGAUCGGAAGAGAAGGAUCACAUUAUGGAAUUGACGAAUAUGUGAACAUGAAGUACAUCUGCCUCGGUGGGCUGAACUAAUGCAUUUUGUUAUUAAAAUCUCCUGUCUUCCACAUUUCUGCAGAUAGGACCAAGAUUUAUUUAGUGUCAUAAUUUUUUUAUAUACAUUCGUUGAUUUCUUGUUUUGUUUUAAAGUCUAUAUUUUUACUUGUUAUGAAGUACUUGUACAACUAUUUUUUACUGUAUGAAAUAAAAA